CGCUUGUUUUAGACCCCAAACCAGUCUGGUUCUUUCGUUUCUUCUUCGUCCGUCUCCUCUCGCUAGGUCCAAGUCUUUAGUCCUCAAUUUGAUUUCAUCAUUCUUAGACUCCAAUCCUAUCCCAUUCUUACGAUUUCUCAACUUAAAUAACGAGUUCGCUGCUUCUUUCUCUUUCUUAUAUUGUAUUUAUACCUCAUUCUUGAAUCUUUAUUAAUUCAUAUCAUAAUUUUAUUUUUUUUCGUCUGUGAUUCUUUGAAAUCACUGCAAAACGAAGAGACCCAUUUGGGUUCUGCUGCAUUUUUCACAAUCUUUCGUAAUUCUUAUCUGGGUUUUGCUCACUUGCUUUUUGGUAACAAGUACAUUUCAAGAAGAUACGUCUUUUUUUUUUUGAGAAUUAGCUAUGGGGGAUUUGGACAAUUCAGCAACAGUACAAAUAACAGGAAAGAUCAUGGUGUUGGCCAUAAUAAUUCUAUUUAUGGUGGUGGUUUUUGUUCUCUUUCUUCAUCUUUAUGCAAAAUGGUUUUGGUGGCGCAUUGAAGAGCCUACUCCUUCACCACCCUCUCGCCGGAACCGCCGCCGUUUCGUUUUUACCCCUGGUCAGGACCCAGUGCGGAGAGGGCUAGAGCUCUCCGUCCUUAGAUCCCUACCAGUGGUAAUUUUCCAAUCUAAAAACUUCACAGACGGGUUAGAAUGUGCAGUUUGCUUAUCUGAAGUUGCAGAAGGAGAAAAAACGAGGUUGCUACCUAAAUGCAACCAUGGAUUCCAUGUCGAUUGUAUAGAUAUGUGGUUUCAGUCCCACUCCACUUGCCCACUCUGUAGAAACUCUGUAGCGCCAUUGCCUGAAUGCUCCAGCUUCGACAGUGAUGAUUUGCAAGAGAAUAUUCAGUCUCCAGAGGAAAUUUUGGCUUCUGGGUAUUCCACAGAUUCUCCAAAUUUUCCCACAAAUGUGUUGUUUUGGGGGGACCAGACUCAAGUAAGCACUGGCGGCGGUGGUGGAGGCGGUGGCUUGGAAGAAGGAACUUCCUCUCAAGAACCUUCUUCUUCUUAUUCUUCUUCUUCUGCUAGGCAAGAUGAGAUGAUGGUUAUCGAUAUACCUGUGCAAAUGAGUGACAAUUUUCCUGACGAAGAAUCGAAGUCGCCAAUGCCUACACAACGGUUAAGAUCAUUGAAGAGGCUUUUGAGCAGGGAAAAAAGGGUGGCUCCCAGUAGUUCUAGUGGUUCUGUUGAUGUCUAACCAGUGAGGAGAAGAAAUGUAUUUUAUAUAUAGUUCUUGAAAGAAAGAAGUGCUUGUGAAUGACUCAAGAUAUUGCAUUAUCUUUAUCUCGUCAACAUUGGCUUGGUUUGGUUGGAGUUGCUGAAAUUGGACUCUUUUCAACAUCGUCCUUCAGAUUUGGUGCUUCUUUUGGGGGUAAAGAUAACCUCUCUGCUAGAUUUGCUCAGUGUUUUCUGCUUUUUGAUACUGAGAAUUCUGAGAUGAUGAAGUCAGAUGUUGCUGGUAAACUAUGGUUUGGAAGCAGAGGUUUAGGAACAACUGUUUGAAAUGAAAGUAUUGCGUGAGAACAGACAAGAGAGUAGGGUACCAGGCUAGGCACGCUUCUCUGUUUAAAGAAGGUGGAGCAAUCCAUCUUCUACUGCAGAAGAUGUAUUUCCAUUACAUUCUUGUUUCAAAUAUUGAUUCAUCUGUUGUAGAGCUGUUAAUCCAUUUAAAAUCCAUGGAUUGAAUUUGUUUUAUUUGUUGAAGUACAGCAAGUAGUUUAAACAA